AUCGUUCGUUCUCGUAAAACGAAAACGAUGGCUUCCAGGGCACUUUUCUUUGCACGCAUUAUCAGAUCGCCUAUUUCUUCGCGAUUUAACCUGUUUAGACUCCCUCUAAAAGAUUUGAGGUCGAUUUCGUGUUCUUCUGCCCUCAGCUGUCAUCAUAAGGAGUCAAAUGAUAAGCUUUGGCAAAUAGGAAGACUGAACCAUGUGGCCAUUGCUGUGCCUGAUCUAGAAAAAGCUACACAUCUUUACAAAACUGUAUUUGGUGCAAAAGUCAGUGAGUCUCAGGACCUUCCUGAACAUGGAGUAACCACAGUAUUUGUAAACCUUGGCAACACCAAGAUUGAGCUGCUGCACCCAUUUGGAGACAAGAGUCCUAUCAGUGGAUUUCUAAAGAAGAAUGCAAAUGGAGGAAUUCAUCAUGUUUGUAUUGAGGUCAAGAACAUUGGUGAAGCUGUGAAAGAUCUUAAGGCUCAUAAUGUGCGAUCCCUGGACCCUGAACCAAAGAUUGGAGCUCAUGGGAAGCCUGUGGUAUUUCUUCACCCAAAAGACUGUGGAGGAGUCUUAGUAGAGUUAGAGGAAGAAUAGAAAAUGAAUAAGUGUUGGUUAGAUUUCCUGAAGAUUAUUCUAGAUGUGCUUAGAUAUGGAAAAACAACAAGAGACUUUUCUUGUUUAUAGAAAAAUUUGAACUGCAGAACUGCAUAGAUAAUGUAUACUAAACACAUAAGCUAUUUUAAGUUAUAAAUAAAUUAUAUAAUAAACUCUA